AUGGGCAAACUUGCUGGACUCAUUAGUUCAGGUAUUGGUCUCGCAAUGGAAGCAAAGACGUCUUAUCAAUCUCCGAGUCCUAAAUCCCACACGAAAGAUGCAAAUCGGGAUUCGACUUAUAUAGCUCCAUCCCAGAUGCCACUUCACACUUUGUCAAAAGCAAAUCAACAUAGCAAUAAUGAGGACGCAUAUCGAGACCUACAAUCCUACGCUGACUACCAAAACACCCUUUCAGAUCGCAUAAGUGCAGAGGUAGAGAGAGAUGAAAAUUACAGAAAAUAUUUAACCGCAAAUCCUCGAGCACAACCAAUGAGGAAUGUAUACGAGCGAGACGUUUCAUUUUACUCCCACGAGCUGCCAGAUCAAAGGAUUCGGCCAGCUCAAGGGCUCUCUUGCCCUGUAAUACUGCCACAGCGGAGGCCUGAAACGCAGAGUCGUGGUAUAAUCCGAGCGUACUCCUUGGAGCUAGCGGGUUGUGGCAUAGAUCAAGAUACAUUUCUGGAUUUUAUUGAUGAUUUCAAUGAAGCUCAUAAAGCGUCUCCUUAUCUCGACGCCGUGAAUGUGGCCGCUCAAGGUGUCGGAUUUGCACCCGGUAUUUCUCCGAUGGUUGUGUCUAUGGUUGUUCCAAUUGCAGUACGAGCCGCCAAAGGUUAUCAGACACAAAGACAAUCGUCCUCUUUCUUAGACAGAGCCAAUAAAAACCUCUUCGUACCGCAUGGUCUCUUUGCAAUGGUCUUAACAUUUAAGCCUGAACAGACUCAAAACUCGUAUGGAGUACCAAGAGAAGUCCAACUUCCUCCAUCUGCUUCCCUUAUUUAUCCCGACGAUGAAAGACGUGGUCAACAAACUGGCCUAAAAAAAAUGGGCCACUUUAUUGCGGACUAUGGAGAUCGUAGAGCCCAGGCUCGAUACGCGCACAACAACCCCGAGUCAUCUUUGGCUGGUCCUUUACCAGCAUUCAACAGUCGUUGGGCUGACCCAAAUCAUCCUGCCAAUAGUGGUGGACUAAAAAGUCUACUGACUGGCAUUCCAGACGAUAGAAAAUCCAGCAGAGAAGGCAAAAAAGAUCGCAAAAAAGACAGAAGAGAUCGUCGUCGUAGAGAUAGCUCAAGCAGUAAUACAUCCAGGAGGGGUGGACUUCUAAGCACAGCACUUGGAGCAGUAGGUGAUGCCAGUGGGAGGAAUAGCACUUCUGGUAGCAGCAGAACAAGUUUGGUAGGAACCGCGAGAGGGAUGAUAAAUGGACCUGGGAAACAAGAUCAAAGUUUAAUCAAGGGAAUAAAAGGCAUAGGGAUGAAGACUGAUAUCCUAUACCUGAUGAUCACAAAUAACCCCGAAGCUCAGAGAUCCUUCCCUUCGACAAGGUCACGAACGCCACUGACUCACGUUUCGUCAAUUUUACCACUGGAGUCUCAAACCACGAACCCAGAGAAUUGGCUGAGAUCGUCCAAGAAUGAUCAAGACUCCGUCUAUUUAAUGUCGGAUCAAAAUCGAACAGUUCACUAUACCAACCAAAACCAAAAUGGCAAUCCCUAUAUCGUGAGGCAAGAUCGAGUCGCCAUGGGGUCUACCGCUAGACAGUUUGAACCAAACGACGCUCCACCGCCUGCAUACAGAGAAGCAAUGCCGGCACGAUACUAUGAUCAGAUGCGACAACAUGACGAGGAGUUCUGCGCACCCACUAUAUGA